CAAACUGAGGUUUAUCAUGUAUGUAUUGCAGGCAGUAAAGCAAUAUGAAGCAACAAAGAAAAAGUCCCAAGACCAGUAAAAAUAUUUAAGCAAACACCUCUGCCUGUCAUCUUUACUGCAGUACACCAUACCUCUUGAGAAGAAUAUGGUGUCAUGAGUGAAGUAUAGAUGAGCCAUCCUCAUUCUACUUCUACUGCUAAGAAGCCUAUACCAGACUCCUCUGCUCUCAACAUCAAUCUACUCAACAUGUUUGCCACAAUUGUAUUUGUUCUUUUGGCCACUCUUGGUCUUUCUUUCUCAAAGCCUUGUAUACAUCCAGGAUUGCAAGAACCAGACUCGUUAGAGAACAAGAAGGUUUCAUUUGCAGUUAAAAGUUAUGAAGCGCAAGCAGUUAAUGAUUACUGAUAUGCACUUUGAUGUGCUAAAACUCAUUAUUAUGUUGGUGGCUAAAUCGUCACAUGGGGCAGCAGAUCUGGCAAGGCUAUUAUCUGUUUCCAGAUUGUUUAUGACACUUUCUGAUGAAAAAGAGAUUCUGCAAGCUGCAGUGUUCGACAAUGUGAAUCUAUCUAGUGGGUUACAAUAUUUCCAGAAUAUAAAAGGGUUAUUAUAUAGAUGUGCAGAUGCUGGGAAUGCUGCUGCUCAAUACAUGCUUGGGAAGAUUCUUCUCUUGACCUCUUCCAAGUUGUUGAUUGGGAAAAGAGAACAUGCUUUCUUAGGUUCUUCUCCUAUGUGUGGGUGCCCAGUGUGUCAAACACAUACUGAACAAUAUGCUCCAGCAUAUUCUUUUAUGGCUCAUUUUAUGCCCAACGAAGUACCCAGCAAAGAUUCUAAUUCAAGUCUGCCUCACUUCAUAUUUGUGAGGUUUUUCCUAGAACGAUGUGGCCGGGAUGACCUUCUUGAAAUGCGUCUUUAUUUGUAUCACUAUUUUGAAUAUUUCCUUGGAUCGGAGGUAGGUGGCUCUCUUGUUAGAAUACGUAAUUCUAUCAAGAAGAUGUGCAUAUAUGGCGAUGCUGCUCAAUGUUAUGAAAGGAUGGCAAAUAAAUGCAUGGAAAUGAAAGGUAAAACUGAUACUAUGGUUGUGGUCCAUGAUCGAGCUGCACAACGGAGUCAUCAGUAUGGUGCCAAGCGCAGAGAAGUGGUAGACAUGUUGAGUGGAAGGGAGGCAUAUGAUGGUGAGCCUCUGAACUUGGAUAAAAUAUUUGAUGCCUUCACUGAGGAGUUUCAAAAAAUGAGUGACGUCAGCGAAGACCUGCUGAAGGAUAUGAACUAUAGAACUGUGCAGAAUGCAGCAAUAAUGUUUGAUAGACUUGAGAAAAGUUACAUCAAGGGUGGCAGUGAAGCACUCAAGGAGUUGGCAACUAACCGAUGCAAUGCAAUUUCUAUGUUUGAUGGGUUUUUCCUUCAAGAUCAUACUUGGUUGCAGGAUUAGAGAAACAUGUUUUCAGGUCUACUUUGUGUAAUGCCUCUAGUUAUAUUGACAACCUUUUGAGUGAUUUAUUACAUCUUUCUUCUGUUACA